GAGAUCCUUGAAGAUGCCAAAGUCUGUUCUCUUGUGGUCCAGGGCAGUGAUCUUCUUCCCGAGUUCCUCGCUGCCCCAAGGUCCUUAAAAUCCACUGCUUCAUGGUCACUGCAGCCCAGGCUGCCCUCGAGCUUCACCUUCACCAGCUCCUCCUUGUUGGUGAGAACAGGGUCCAGCACAGCACCUCUGCUUGUUGGCUCCUCUCUCACUUGGAGAAGGCAGUUGUCAUCAGUGUAUGUGAGGAACCUCUUGGAUUGCCUGUGCCCUGCUGUACUGUCCCUUCAUCUUUGGCAUCUUCAGCUUUUGGGAUGAAAAUAAAUGCUAAGCUUCAUGAUGGAGUGUGUCAGCAUUGCAAAGGCAUCUUGGAGUGGCGAGUAAAAUUCAGAAAGUACAAGCUACUGACAAAACCUAAGAAAUGUGUGAAAUGCCUCCAGAAGACUGUAAAAGAUCCUUAUCAUAUUAUUUGUCGACCAUGUGCUGGUAAACUAGAAAUUUGUGCUAAGUGUGGGAAACAAGAAGAAAUAGUGAUUCCGAUUGAUAAAGGACAAGACCGAACUGACAGUGAGACUUCUAAAAAUGGCCAAGAGAGCAGUAAAUUGAAGGAUGAGCUGGAUUUUGAUACAAAUUUCAGUAGUGCAGACAGUGAUGAAGAUUCUGAUGUGCUUGAAGAACAAUUUAAAAGUAUGAAUUUUGAAAAAACAGAGAUCUAAAAGGCUGUGUUUAUGCAAGAGUUUAUAUGCCAUCAAAUAUGGUAAACCAGUGCUUGCCCUUAAACUGCUCCAAACCCUGAUUAGACAUCUAAGGUCCUUGUAUGUUAAUUUUGGCAUUGUGUAUGAUGAUGCGUGUGGGGAUUUGUAUUAAUACACAUUUUUAUGUAUUAGGAACAGAAUUUCUUUGAAAAUAUUCAGAACAUAUUCAAUAUUCUAUCUGUAAGCAUAGUUAUUUAUUUCAUACAUAUAACAACUUCCUGUUUUUAUGGAAUAAAGUCUCUUUGUGUAAUUGUUCAAAAUUCA